AUGGGAUCAGAAUGGCGCGUACACCAGACGCUAUCUGCGCAUGUCAAGCCUAUUUCUAGUCUUUCAUUCUCCUCUAAUAAAUCUUUUCUCGCUUCAUCUUCGGCCGAUUCUUCUGUCAAAAUCUGGCGAUUAGCAGCCGACAGGAAUGAGCUCGAGACUCGAUCAAAGACAACUUUAUAUGGACAUGAAGCUGGUGUGUCAGCCGCUUGCUGGUCGCCUGAUUCACGGCACUUGGCGUCAGCUUCGGACGACCGGACGGCGCGGCUCUGGGACGUUGAGACGGCCAAGACACUUGCUACAUUAGGUGCGACACACAAAAGUCUGGACGCGACUCUUACCACUCCAUUAUCGCUGCUGAAGGGCUCAUCUGCUACGUUGGGACUAGAUGAAGAUGGCAUGAACGAUACAUUAAUGACGUCGGAUCCACCUGUCGAGUCGCAUACGGGGUUUGUGAGCUGCGUGGCCUUUAAUCCGCAGGGGUCUCUCGUGGCUACAGGCUCACAUGAUGAAAGUGUGAGGUUGUGGGAUGUACGCAGUGGCAGGACCGUUGCAAUUGUGAAUGCGCAUCAGGAACCGGUAGUGAGCGUGCAGUUCCACCCCACGGACGGCUCGCUGCUGGUCACUGCCGGAUAUGAUGGCUUUGUCCGUGUAUGGGAUGUGGCUUCUCGUCAGUGCAUGCGCUCAAUCAUUACCGAACCAGCAGCGCCUGUUGGAAGUGCGACGUUUGCACCCAACGGAGGAUACGUACUGAGUUCAUCACUUGACGGAACUGUGCGUUUGUGGGACUACAUGCGCGAUAUCUGCGUGCGCUCGUACAGAGGCCAUAGCAACAGAAAAUUUAGCAUGCAGUGCGCUUUUUUGGAGCAGCAAUGGAACAAGCAGCCUGUCGUUGCCUGCGGAUCGGAAGAUAAUCGCAUUUUCAUGUGGGAUGUGGGGAUGCAGGAAGUGUGCUCGGUCUUGACCGGGCAUGACCAUCCUGUACUUGCCCUCGCGGCCCAUCCAGCACGUGCGCUGGUAGUCUCGGGAUCGAAUCGGGACAUUAAGAUGUGGACCCCUUCUACCAUCGAGGCAGAUGGCGCUAGCAAUAGUGAUGGCCAGACCAACGGUACAAACCACGCGCCUGAAAGUUGA